CUUACCUACGCACGGGUAAAAUCUAGUCAGGCCCAAGACCGUCCCAACUGCUCUCCUUUAAAAUCUCUUUCUUCCUCUCCGUCUCUCUCCUGUGAUCUCGUUUGUUCUAGAUCAUAUCCCUGUCUUCAAGCCGGUUGUUCGCGUUCUGUCAUUCACCUAAAUGGGGGCUUCUGUUUCUUCAGAAAGACAAAGGCGUGAUGUUUUUGCUAAACGGUGUGCUAUUAUUCAUGUUGGUUAUGAUCAAGGUGUUGUAGCUCAAGCUCUAGCCGGAGCUAAUGCUCAAGCUAAACCUACUCAAGGGGAUGAUGGUUCCCUGAUUGCUGCUCCAACCUCACAUGCUGAUAUUGUUAAUGAUCUUUGCCGGUCUCAUGCCAAGUCGUUGAUGGAUUGCCUGAAUAUGCACAAUGAUCACAAGAAUUGUAAAUUCUCUUUUGAUGCCUUGAUGAAAUGUGUUAGCAUUGGGAGUUGAGUCCACUUCCAUGACUUGAAAGGGGCCGUGUUGGUGUGUUCAAACUUCACGCUUCCACGACUUGAAGGGGGCCAUGUUGGUUUGUUCAAACUUCUAAACAAGUUGGUAUUUGCUUAUGUGAAGCUUUUAGGGUCAAGAUAUGUAUUAUGUAGUGAGAUAUCAAUUACUUUACUACGGAGUAUAUGGUUCUAUUUUUUUUUCCACUCAUGAAAUGAUGCAAGUAGUGUCAAAUU